CUACGUUCUUAUCCACAGAGUACUUUGUAUAUAUAGGAAAUCUUAAUUAAUUAAUCUUAUCUGCAAUACUAUCAUUAUGUUCAAAUUACACCAAGCUGAUGUCGUAUUUAUCAGAUCAUACUUUUAGUUACAUGUCAUAAAUAAAAAAUAAAUAUCAGCUAGUAUUUAGAUACCAAUUAAAAAUUGUUUUUAUUCCAUUAUUAUUACUUUUGAUGCAUUAAUAUCAAUAUAUAUUUUUUAAAUCUGUACUUUCGUUCACUAUCAAAUGGAAUCUAAAUCAUCGCCAAUUGUUUUAGAAAAUGGGUUAGAUCUGAGACAAGUCCUAACUACUGGAUCCUUACUGCACAUUAAUCAGGAUCAUAAUGACACAGAGAAUGAAGAAUUAGAGCGUAACGAUAAUAACCCUGUUGAUUUCUUAGGUGCCCCAAUGAAAAAUUUUGAAGAAUUUGAGAAAAUUUUGAUACCCAUAGAUAAAAUUGGGUAUGUGAAAAAAAAGGUCCUUGAGGAAGGCGGUGGACAGUUGCCAAAUAAAGAAUAUACAGUUUCAGUAGCAUUUUCAGGUUACUGGGAGAAUGAAUCUGUGCCCUUUGACGUAAAAACUAUUCAAAAACCUAUGAUUGUGAAUCUUAAAGAUAAUGGUUUACUGCCUGGUCUUGAGAUAGCUAUCAAAUCAAUGUUAGUUGGAGAAAAGUCAGUCUUUUUAUUCGCAUAUCAAGUGAUGUAUGGGGAAAUGGGCAUCCCUCCGAGAAUAAAACCUAAAGCAAAAUGUGUUUUUUAUAUAAAACUUGUGAAAAGCAUUCUAACACCAAAAGAAGGACCAAUAGACUUUUCAGAACCAAAUAUGUUUCAAAGAAUAUAUAAAGAAGUUACAAUGUUAUAUAGCUCUGGACUCACAUUAUAUAAAACCAAUAAUUUCUCUGCAGCCAUACAGUUAUUUAAAAAAUCAGUUGAAAUGUUACACAAAUGUAGAUUAGCUGAUGAAACUGAGGAAUCUAUUCAAGAGAAAAUGCUAAUAAAACUAUAUAUUAAUCUAGCUAUUUGCUACAAUAAAACUAAGCAACCAUUAAGGGCAUGUAUAUCAUGUAAUGAAUUAAAUAGGUUGAAUAGCCUUUGGAAUAAUGAAAAAGCUCUGUUUCAGAAUGCAAAAGCAUUAAGAAUGAUAGGACAGUUUGAUUAUGCUGAAAAAAGGUUAAAGAGAGCUAUGAAGUUACACCCAGAUAAUGAAGAUAUGAGAAAUGAAAUGAUGUUAUUGACAAAAACUAGAAAUAUUUGUAAUCAAAAUAAAUUAAUUAUGACUAAAAGUUCCAGUCCUCAUAUGCUUUUAAUUAGUGAUGAGUUCAAACAUGAGGUAGAUACAUUAAUUAAGAAUUUUAAAGAAAAUGAUAAUUUGAGUAAACUGACUUUGCCUGAAGGAUUGAAUAGUACAGAAAGUGCAUAUAUAAAAGAAGCUUGCAUAAGAGAGAAUUUAUUUUUCAAUAAAAUAAAUAAAAGUGAAUCACGAGGUUUUGAUAAGGAUAAUUAUGCUUUAGAUAAAGAUAAUGAAUCUCUUCUCACUGAUGAUACCCAUUCAGUAUAAGAUGUAAGAGAAAGUAGAAGAACAUGAAAGUUUUUUAAAGUUUGUGAUAAUUAUAGUUACCAUACCCAUACAAAUGUUAAAUUAUGUAGUACAUAAAAAAAUUGGAAAGAGUA